AUGGAUAGCACCGUCUCGGAAUUGCUGUCGGUGGACUCGACGUUCAGGGACGAACCUCGUCUUGAGGACCUGUCGGACCUGGCCAGCAAGACGCUGGACAUAGUGGAAUCCAUGCUUAAAAACACCGCUACCCGUGAUGUUGAGUUCCUAAAGACAGUCCUGCUGGAGCUGAUGCUGGUGGAGAAGCGCUGCCGCAUGGCUCGUGAUGGAGCGUCUAACGCCCGCAUCUGUACCUUCAUCAUUCAGCUGCUUUACGACAUUCGCGACCUGCCGAAUGUGAGCUACUACCUGAUUCUGCUGUCCCGCAAGCGCGGUCAGCUGAAGGUCGCCAUCACGGCCAUGGUGAACUUGGCCAAGAGUUGGAUCGUCGAGAUCCCAGACAUGGAGUCCAGGGUGAACCUGAUCGACACUCUGAGCCACAUCACCUUGGGAAAGAUGUACCUGGAGACCCAGAGGGCAGAGGUGGCCUUCACCUUGGCUAGGAUUAAGGAGGAGUCGGGCGACAUUGCCGGCGCCGCUAACGACGUCCACAACGUGGAGGUCGACACCUUCGGUUUGCUGCCUAAGCAGGACAAGGUGCGCUAUCUGUUGGAGCAGAUGCGCUUGCACCUGCUGAACAAGGAUUACCUGCGCUUUUACAUCACGAGCAAGAAGAUAAACGAAAGUCUGCUGGAUGCCGAGGAGUACAGUGCUCACAAACUGAAGUACUAUGAGUACAUGAUACAGUACCACCUGCAUGAGGGUGACUACUUCGAGAUCGCAAAGGCGUACCACAAGCGCAUGGACACCUCCAUUAAGCAGGGCGGCGCCGGCUGGAUCCUGGACAUGGAGUGCAUGCUACUGUUUUUGCUAUUAUCGCCAAUCUCUGAGGACACGGUGAAGUACCGUGAGGACAUACUGGCGACCAAGGAAAAGAACAUGAAGGAAACUCCGAUGCUCACUGCGCUGUUCAAGGAGUUCCUUUCCAACAACCUGAUCCCCUUCCCGCUGGAAGAAGAUAUCGGUAGCGCAGUCAAGGCACACGCUGUGUUUAGUGACACUAAUCUCCCCGGUGGCGAUGUGCGCUUGGCCGCGCUGUCCGACCGGGUUGUCCAGCACAACAUCCUUGUCGUGAGCAAGUACUACACGAACGUGCAGCUUGCACGCCUGUCUGAGCUAUUAAACGUGGACUGCGCGAAACUGGAGGAAGAAAUCUCCUCGAUGGUCCACGCGAAGACGGUCCAUGCGAAGAUCGACCGCCCUGCUGGAAUCAUUCGGUUCGGCGAGCGCAAAAGCACGGACGCGGUCCUUAAUGGGUGGUCCAAAGAUAUCGCAGCGCUCAUCGGUCUGGUGGACCAAUGCUCGCGCUUAGUGCAGAAGGAGAAGAUGAUCCACGAAGCGCGGCUGAAACAGGUCGAACUCGAAAAAACCUACCACCAAUAG